AUGGAUAGGACCAUCGAGGGAUUUGACGUUGUCACGAAUCCCGCCGACUGGGAUGGGCCGCCGCAGAUACAGAGACUCCCCAACGAGCUUCUUUGGAAAAUCCAGAAUGACUUCUUGCCCCUUUACGACGCUGUCAGGCUGGGGAUCUGCAACCACCACCUGAGGCAGAACACGGACGUCAACGUCUGGACCAAAGCUCGCGCCGCGGAGACUGGCGGAGCCAUCAAGAGCUACAUCGCGCAGACCUGCGACGAUGAGAGGUGGGAGUUUCUCAAGGAGCUGGAGCCAAAGCUGCCCAGCCAUGAGCUCUGCCACUACUGCCGCAUAUUCCAUCCUCGUGUGGAUGCUCCGUCGCUGUCCCUUUGGAGAGUGUUUCCCGACACGGCUUCUGACAGUGAUUGCGACUCGAAGGAGGUGCAAUUCCAACGCUGGGGAAUACAUUGGGGAUUCGGUUUUCGGGAUGUCUAUGCUGUCAUGUCUCGACACUCCUUCACGGCCGACCAUGGAGUUCCCCUUGCAGAGCUCUGUGUAUCGACCGACUGGACCUUUAGUCACGCAUACAGGAAUCUUCACAACGCGUCCCGUUCCCCUUUCAAGCGUUUCGUCAGCUACACGAAACUGGACGCCGAGGCCGUGAUCAACAACGGCCACCUCUUAGUCCACAGGAUUCAGCGGCUCUGGGUUCCAAUCCACAUCCAGGGCACCGAUGUCUUGAUUCGGUAUGGGGCUGGUGAUUCAGCUGGUGAUUUCAAGAUCUGUGCGCACCAUGGCCCCCAGUCUGGCGAGAUGAUAUGGAAUUUCAUCCUGCCGCUGCGUGAAGGCCUCGGCUGCGUUUUGGCUGCUCAGUCCGUUUUCAACAGUGUUGAUGACGGCUACUUCCCCCUACCGCGAAUAAUCAAGCGUUGCGAGGACUGCCCCACAGAAUACAGCAUCUCGUUCCACAUUCACUACGACAAUAGCGUGGAAAUCAUCCUCGACGUCUGGCAAAACCUGGGGACCUGUCAGACACCCCUUGCACCAGGCUGGCUUAAUUGUUGGGGAACGCUCAACCCGCGAUUUGGUGUGCUCCCUGGAGAAGACACAUGCAGGAAUAUUUGGUUCCAGUCUGAAGUUGGGUAUGUCGGCAAUGAGACGCUGUUCCAGACUCCGGCGGGGCAAAGUGCCACCAUGCAUUCUUCAGCGAAAUCUGUUUUCAAGCACUGGGAUCAGCUUCUCACAGAUGUGGAUAUCCAGGCGUCGUUGCAACAGCCUCGAGCGACGCCGUCCCUCGCAGUCGUGCCUCAGCUGUCACGACACCAUUUCCGGAAGCUCCGAUCAGGAUUUGUGGAUGCCCGUUACGAGUGCAACCUCCGGCGCCCGUUGCCGCCCUUCCCCUUCGAGUUCUUUGGUACGAAUGGACGCAUACCGAGCAACCAUUUGCGGUACACUCGAUCAUCAUACUAUGAGUCUUCUCGACUUAGCACGAGAGAUGAAGCAGCCACAGCCUCCUAA